AUGCCGACUGCCACAGCACCUUCUUCCAGCUCGGCGCCGGCGACAGCACCGGCACCAGCACCGGCCGACCCCGCCAACGCCUCGACCUCGACCAAGCGGAAGCGCACCCGCACAAGGCGAGGCAAGAACAAGACUCGCACAGCAGAUGCCGACGACAACAGCGACGAUAACGACGACGACGAUCAGGAGGCAAAAGAAUCAGCAGAUCCGAAGCAGAGCACCACCGUCGCCGCCACUGAGCCAGCGCCUGUGCCCACGCCGCGGGACAAGGCGGCAACACCUGCAAAGGCGGCAGCGGACGUCGACGAUGCCAAGGACAGCGGCGAUGAGGACGAAGGCGAAGGAGACGACGGCAAGAGGAAACGGAAGCGCAAGAGGGCCAGGGCCAACAAGAAGGGAUCCAACAAGGACGAGAACCUCGUCAAGGCUGUAGAGGCGCAGGGCAACGUGGGCCCCGACCCCGAGCUCGACCUGAGGCUGAGCGAGCACGCCAAGAAGGCCAUCGAGUACGCCAGGGUGUAUAGCAGCGACCGGGCCAGCUGGAAGUUCAACAAAGCCAAGCAGAACUGGCUGCUCCGAAACGCCCUGGCAUGCCCGCCAGCCGACUACGAUCCAGAGCUAGCCACCCGCAAGCCAGCCGCACAGGGCGACAAGCCAAGCGAAGAGGCGCCGACUGCCGCUCAAGGUGCACAAGACGGGCAAGGGGACGCAGCGGCCGCCGACAAGGAGAAGCCAGAGGAGGACGAGGGCGAGAACUUCAUCCCUGAGGUCUUUGUUCCCGUGGUCACGGCCUAUUUGAAGAGCGUCAUGGGCGCCGCCAAGCAGCGGCUCGUCGAGACGCUCAAGGAGGCGCUCAACGCACCAGUCCCGGAGACUGCUGCCGCCGAGACAGUCUCUGAUGUCGAUGCCGCUGCAUCCGCCCCUGCUGCCGCAGACAAGUCGACGGGCAAGUCGGUCUCGUUUGGUGCCAUGGCCAUGGAGGCCGAAAAGACGGCCGAUGCUGCUGCUGCUGCCACCAAUGGCGAAGGCGAGGCCAGCCCUGCGAUCGAUGCAAGGACGCUGGAGCUCAGGCGGCAGAGGGCCAAGCGGAUCCUGGCCGGCAUGGGCGAGCUGCCGUGA